CUAGAUUUGCCAGCGCGGCUCGCACACAAGCGCCAGCCUCGAGGCAAAACUUGAAAGCCACGCUGGCGUUGGCAUAGAGCUGCGAGACGCGACUCGAACUUGCCGUCGCGGCGUCCACGCACUCGUCUGUGAGGUGCGACACGGCAGCAUCGCUUGCGCGCAUCCGUACGGCGGUGCACCCCCAGCGAUGGCACCAAAAGCCACCCUGCUCCUUUGCGCUGCCGUCGCGGCCGUCGACGGCUGGAAGGCGCCUCCCCGAAAACUGCUCAAGCCCCUCGCCACGAAGCUGCUCGAGGCGUCGUUAGCCGUAGGCACGAUAAGUGCGCUGCCGGCCGACGCGGCGCCGCCGCAGCAACAACACGCGCCCUCGCGCAAGUACCUCUUCGUGACGGGCUUCCCGUUCCCGCUCGGGCCGAUCACGGAGAGAAGGACUGUUAAAUCAGAACUUGUGAAAGGCAAGGUCUACGGAUUUGUGCAGGAGCUGCGCCUGAGCGGAAUCACCGCGAAUUCUCGAUGUACGGUGUUUCGCACAAAAGACAACGACCUGAUCGUCUACGACCCCGUGGCGCCGACGGACGAGUUCCUCCAACAACUAGCAUCGUUAAACGGGCGCGUGACGCACAUUCUGUUAGGGGCAACGACGUAUGAACACAAGGCCUUCGUCGGGCCCUUUUCCCGGAAAUUUCCUUCCGCAAAAGUGUGGGCCGUGCCCGACCAGUGGGCCUGGCCCUUGGAUUUGGCGCCGAAGGCGCUGGGCAUCUUCGCAGACGGCGACCUGAUUGACUCGGCAUCGUCAGCCUCGACCUACCCAGAUGAUUUUAGGGAAGAGUUCGAGGUGAAACUACUCAGACCGUCUCAGAGGUUAGGUCUCGGGUAUGCCGCGUCGGAAGCAGCCUUGUAUCACAAACCGACUCAUACGUUAGCUCUCACUGAUGCUAUCGUUAAUGUACCGGCAAAACCUACUCAAGACUACGAGGCCGACAAUCUGAGAGGCGUCGGCGCCGACGCCAAGACGGAUAAAUCUCUGGGGCAGCUCGUGCUCGCGCUGCUACGACUGACGGAUUUCGAGGGUGGACGGGACAUCGUCGACGCGUACUGGUCAAAACCAUCAUCAUCCGACUCCUUACAACGCGGCUGGGAGCGCAACGUGUUACUGUCCCUCUUCUUCGGGCCGGCACCUCAAUCCAUCGUCGAGCCGCACGCGUCUUUCUCCAAGCUGCCGGGCGCGUGGCGCGUCGCGCCCGUGACCGAAACCUUAGUCUACAAGUCCGACCGCGUCCGGCCCGAAUUACAGAGGUGGGUCGACGACGUUUCGAAGUGGGACUUUACGUACGUCGCGCCGGCGCACUUCGAAGCUGGGAAGGGGUCGCCCUCCGAGUGGAAGAAGGCCUUCGGGCCCGUGUUGAAUGGUGAGCGGGACCCGGCCUACUCCGCGGGCGACCUGCGGCUGCUCGAGACGCUGUCGGCGGCGAUUCAAAAAGCGGGCGUAAUUUAG